AUGGACAGGAUCCGCGAAGCGAUGAGCAUGCUUUCCAGCGAGCCAGCCGAAAGCCUGGCAGCCAGACACCAAGACGUCGAAGAACGGUUCAUGGCACGCGCAUGGCCAGCGCAGCCAGCCGAGAGGAACAAGAGGUUUCCAGUCGCCUUCCACAUAGCUGAUCCAAGCUACGAAGGGAGAAACAUCUUCGCCUUCCCGGCAUCGUACGUGCCCACCAUCAUUGAGAAGCCGGGCUAUAGGGGCCUCUGGGUCACCGAUGAAGAGGGCAAGAUGAUGUGCCUCGACGCCGAAUCGCGGAUCACGAGGAUAUGUCGGGUUGCGGUCAUUGCGCCUCGGAGGGGAUUCUGUGCGUACCAACGGAUGAUGCAGAUGCCAUUGCACGCCUGGGAAUGGUACGACGGUGAUGAGAUCUGCACUCGUCUCGCGGAAGCCCCAGAAGCGACUCUAGAAGCGACUCCCUACAAGGUCUCGGCUGAAGAAGAGGACCAUACCACUCACGACCCACAACCUGCAACACCGCGACAGCGGCCCAGGAGAAAGGCUGCAGAGAAGCAGGCCUUGUCGGCCAAGACGAAGGAGCAAGGAGUCGUUGACGAAGAUGAGGAAGAACAGAAUGGCGAUGCAGAGUCGGGCUCGGAAUAUGGAGGGUGGAGCAGUGGUACGAAUGGCAGUGGCUAUAAAGAUGAGCAAGGCCUUCGUUCAUCUACGGCAAAGAAACUCGGAGCUUCGAAGAGAUCGCCAUCAAAAAGGACGAAACAAGCGACACGCGGAACCCCACUGAAACGCGCUAGGAGCGAGGUCAACGACGAAGAUGAGGAAGAUGAAGAGGAAGAGGCCAGCCCCACCAAAAAACGCCGGGGACCGGGUGGCCGUGGCUACGACGUCCUUACCGCCGCCGGAGCUUGGGGCCAAGGACUGGCAAUAGCCCCUGUCGACAUGAGCCUAGUCGAGAUCUGCACUUUCCAUCCGCACGCCUACAAGCUCUUGGACUGUGCAGGCCGCUUCCAACGUAACCAGGUGACACCGACUGCCGUCGCCAAAGCCAUCAACCAGUCUCGAGGCCUGAGUGGAGACAACCAGGUCUAUGCGAAUACAAUCUUGAAGAUGAUUGAGGCCAGAAUGAGGGAAAAACACGGCGCACAGUGGAAACAGUGGAGCAGUACCCAAGAGCCGACGAGCUUCAACUACAACGUUGGCCACUUUCAACCAAAUCCGGACCUGGCCCAGAUCCCGCUCGCUGAUCUCGGCAGAGGUGUCACGAAGUUCCCCUCAGGUCGGGAUGCGUGGGUCAUCACGCCUUGCGUUCUCUAUGCUCAGGCUCAUCCGGAGGAGAAUCUGAUGUACCCGGACGACGUACCCCAGUUGGCGCAGCGUCUACCCAAUAUCUCCGGUCCUCACACGGGUGUGAAUGAGGAUGAUGACGCCGUGACACGGAUGGGAGUCCGAAGGUAUGGCCAGAAAGCCAGGCUGAGACAACAACAGGCCUCAACCAACUGA